AAAAUUAUUUAAAAAAACGCAUUUAUCUAUAAAAUUUGCAUCGUGAAGCAAGAAAUGCUAACCCUAACAUAAUGAAAUUGGAGCAGGAGCACAGGCACGGCCGAAACGAUGAUGGAGGAAGUUGUGUGGUACCAGUUAUUUGCAGGGCGGAGAUUGAUUUUUAUUCUUGCAUUGUACAAAUCAGCGUCUAUUUUUCAAUUCUACUCAGAUAUUUCAUGGAUGUGCCUAAUCGCUUCAUAGUUGGAAAGGUUCCAAACCUUCAACAAUUUGGAGCGAUUUGUCAAUAUGACCAACAAACAAGCAUUGCACCUCUCAAAGUUUUUUUUCAGUCCAAGGGAUUCCGAAUGUUUUGUGUGAUGCCUGUUCAAGUUGCUGGCGAAAGAAUAGUUGACCUUAUUAACAACAGUUGAUCUCAUUCACAAGAUUGUUGUUAAAGAAUUAACAAUACUUGAUCUCAUUCGCAAGAUUAUUGUUAAAGAAUUAACAAAACUUGAUCUCAUUUGCAAGAUUGUUGUUAAAGAAUUAACAACAGUUGAUCUCAUUCACAAGAUUGUUGUUAAAGAAUUAACAACACUUGAUCUCAUUUGCAAGAUUGUUGUUAAAGAAUUAACAACAGUUGAUCUCAUUCACAAGAUUGUUGUUAAAGAAUUAACAACACUUGAUCUCAUUUGCAAGAUUGUUGUUAAAGAAUUAACAACAGUUGAUCUCAUUCACAAGAUUGUUGUUAAAGAAAGUUGACUUUAUUGAAUAGAUGCACAUUAAAAAGCAGCAAAAAUGAAUGCUCAUAUUUUGUUCAAGUUGAUCUCAUUUCAGGAAUUGUUAGUGUGAGAUAAAGGAAAAUUUAUUGCAUUCUUGUUUUGGUCAAGUGAAUAUCAUUCACAAGGUUGCUGUUGUCAAGGAAAGCUGAUUUGAUUGUUGCUGUUGGAUAAAGCAAAAUCUUGUUUUGCUCCAGUGGAUCUCAUUCACAAGAUUGUUGCGGUCAGAUUAAGCAAAAUCUCAUUUUGAUUUGCUCCAGUGGAACUCAUUCACAAGAUUGUUGGUGUGAGAUAAAGCAAAAUUUGAAUUUCAUUUUGCUUAAGUGGAUCUCAUUCACAAGAUUGUUGUCGUCGGAUAAAACAAAAUAUAUUACACUUAUAUUUUGCUCAUUGUCAAGGAAGGUUGAUCUCAUUCACAAGAUUGUUAUUGUCAGAUAAAACAAAAUAUAUUACACUUUUAUUUUGCUCAUUAUCAUGGAAGGUUGAUCUCAUUCAGAAGAUUGUUAUCAAAGAAAGUUGAUUUCAUUGACAAUAUCGUUGUCAGCAAAAGUUGAUCUCAUUCACAAAAUAAUUGUUGUCAAAUAAAACUGAUGUUAUUCACAAGUUGUUAUCAAAUAAAACUGAUCUCAUUCA